AUUGGCUCAGACUGUGGAGAUGUUUGCAUGUGACUGGGCUGGGGCCAGGAACUACAGACAGACACAGAGAGCACAAGAACUUGAGCUUGUAUCUUCUACAUGACGAUUUACACCAGUAACAAAGAGAAUGAGGUGGUUUGCAAUGGAAUUGCCAUUAUUUGGCGUUUAUUCCAGAGGAUGCCAUGUGUGUCUUCCAUGCCGGUGGUUCAGAUUUGCACCUAACAGCAGACGAAAUGUAAAAAACAUAUUCAACAGGAAAUAUAGCACUGCCACAGGGGACAUUAAGUCAUUACGUACUAUUAUUAAUCCAGACAUCUCUAAAAUAAGGAACAUUGGGAUCAUGGCACACAUUGAUGCAGGAAAAACCACAACCACAGAGAGGAUACUUUAUUAUGCAGGAUAUACCAGGACACUUGGGGAUGUGGAUGAUGGGGACACAGUGACUGAUUUCAUGGCACAGGAACGUGAGCGUGGGAUUACCAUUCAAUCGGCUGCUGUCACCUUCGACUGGAAUGCCCAUCGGAUCAAUUUGAUAGAUACACCAGGACAUGUGGAUUUUACCAUUGAAGUUGAACGCUCUCUGCGUGUUCUUGAUGGAGCGGUGGCGGUAUUUGAUGCUGCAGCCGGUGUUGAGGCACAAACCCUGACAGUGUGGAGACAGGCAGACAAGCAUCGUGUCCCUCGUAUAUGUUUCAUAAACAAGAUGGAUAAACCCAGAGCCAGCUUUUCCUACUCCAUUGAGAGCAUUAAAGAGAAGCUGAAAGUUAAACCACUUUUGCUACAGUUACCCAUUGGAACGGGAAAGUCAUUUGCGGGGGUAGUUGACGUAGUCACAAAUGAAAAGAUUCUGUGGUCCGCAAGCUCCAUUGAUGAUGAAGACGGAACAAUCUUCAGUCGCGAUCCUUUGACGUCAACAGAUGACCACGAACUAUUAAAGGAAGCUCGAGAUGCAAGAUAUAGCCUCAUAGAACAAGUUGCUGAUUUGGAUGAUGAAUUUGCUGAAUUGGCUCUAGAAGCAUUAAGUGAAAACCUGGAUGCUGUUUCAGCUGAAAAUUUAAAUGCAGCAAUCCGUCGAGUCACGUUAGCACAAACAGCCGUUCCGGUUUUGUGCGGAAGCGCCUUAAAAAACAAGGGUAUCCAGCUGCUAAUGGAUGCUGUCACAAAGUAUCUGCCAGCCCCAAAUGAAUGCCAACGAGACUUUCUACACUGUUACGGGAGUGACCUGUGUGCUCUUGCUUUUAAAGUUGUUCAUGACAAACAGCGUGGGCCUUUGGUAUUUCUCCGUAUCUACUCUGGGACAUUGAAACCUCAGUCAGCUGUUUAUAACAUCAACAAAAACUGCACGGAACGAAUGAGCCGUCUUUUAUUGCCAUUUGCGGAUCGGCAAAUCGAGAUCCCUGCGCUGGAGGCUGGAAACAUUGCGCUGACUGUGGGACUCAAACAGACAGCCACUGGCGACACCAUAGUUACAUCAAAGUCGCUGGCGGCGGCAGCAGCCCGUCGAAUGGGGGUGGACUCUGGGAAGGGGCCCGUCGAGCACGAGGGACCAGUGCUGGCCAUGGUUGAGAUCCCAGAACCCGUCUUCUUUUGUACAAUCGAGCCACCGUCUAUGGCGAAACAACCAGAUCUGGACCAUGCUCUUACCAACCUCCAGCGAGAAGAUCCCAGUUUAAAGGUGAAGGUUGAUUCAGAUUCUGGCCAGACCAUUUUAUGUGGAAUGGGAGAAUUACAUAUUGAGAUCAUCCACGAUCGAAUCAAGAGAGAAUAUGGAAUUGAGACCUAUCUAGGACCCCUCCAGGUAGCCUACAGGGAAACUAUAAUGGUGUCUUCCAAUGCCAGUGAUACCCUUGACAGAACUAUAGGGGAUAAACGCAACCUGGUAACAACUGAGCUUUCUGUCCAUCCGUGGUUGGGUGAAGGGCCAAAGUCUACACCUCUCAUUGAGAUUUCAGAUCGCAUAUUGGAACAGUUUUCUGCGGAAGCUCACCGAGCUAUCGAAAAUGGAAUCAAAAACUCGUGUAUUCAGGGUCCUCUGUUGAGGUUCCCAGUUCAGGAUGUGGUGGUUACGCUGGAGUCUCUCAGUGUAUAUCCUGGCACCUCCUUGGCAAUGAUUUCUGCCUGCGUGUCACGUUGUGUGCAAAGGGCACUAAAGCAGGCUGGAACUCAGGUGCUUGAGCCCGUGAUGAAGCUGGAAAUCAUGGUGGAUGAGAAUCGCUUGAGUGUGGUGCUGGCAGAUCUGGCUCGGCGAAGGGGAAGCAUCCAAGAAAUUCAAAUCCGGUUAGAAAACCGGGUUGUUUUGGCCUCAGUGCCACUCGCAGAGAUGAUGGGUUACUCGACUGCUCUGCGCACUUUGACCUCGGGCAAUGCUACCUUCACCUUGGAACUGUCCAGCUACGAGCUGAUGAAUCCACAGGACCAAAGCACACUUUUCAACAAGAUGAUGGGCGCUCGGUAAGGUCCCGAUCAAAUGGAGAAACUGAUGAACUGACAAGUGAAAGGUUGAUACUGUACCACGCACCAUAUCAAUUUCAUUUUGUAGCAGAAAAUAAUUAAUCCGCAGUAUCACGGGAACACUGACUCUUCGAUGUCCGUGGGAUGUUCCAUAAAUCCCAUUGGGAAAAGUGCGAAAACGUCUUCCUGGAACAGAAUUUCAGAUAGUACUGAUCAGCUCCGAAGCCCAGAGCUAUGAUUCAAGGUUCCAAAUCUUUGUUAACUAAGAUCAUUGUCACCAGGAAAGAGUACAAAGUAAAGCCUGGCACUAUGUACUGUUGGGAAUCAUGAGGCAGAUAUCUCCAAAGCAACUUGAUCCAAAUAUAUCACUGAAGUUAUUUUGCUGAUGUUGUUGUAUCUGUCAAAAACGUUCUAUUUAAUUAAAAGUCAGACAUCAUUGUAAA